AUGGCGGAUUCUGAAGAGACUCAAGAUGCAAUGGUCACACAGACAGAACCUGAGCCUUCGCUCUGUCUGAAAUGUGGCAUGCCUGUGUCCGAGGAUGAUGGAAAAUUUAAGGGCGCAGGCAUUACCUGUUCUGCCUGCCAAAACGUAUACCAGAUGCUGUACCGUCACCUUGGUGGAUACCCGAGCACCCUGCAGACCAUGAGUCCAGAUGAUCAGCAGAAAUUCUUUCGAACUUCCAACCGCAGUGCUCCCAAGAACGGCCGUUGGUCUGUGCUCAGGGCAAACCUCAUCACAGAGAUGACUCGCUUCAAAGUCGAACAAGUGACGAGGACCGUGGAACAGAAGUUUCUCCCCUUGGGCGUAUGGCAGACCCAGGGCUUCGAUACUGACAAAGUUAUGGCCAAGGGAGAGAGACGAGACUGUGAGGUCUUCGGUGAAGUGUGGGCUGCACCCUUGCUGACAGUCAAGCACGAGGACAUACGGGGUUCCAUGGAGAAGGAGGUCGCCACCAAAGAAUAUACUUUAAAGGAGAAGAAACAAGUGAAGACAAAGGCGAAAGCAAAGGUUGGAGCACUGAGCGAGCAAGCCGGACAUGAGCAGCUGCAGAUCGAUGAGGACUGCUGGUCCAUUCCUAGCUCUGACGAGGCUCCCCAGACCACGGAGUCCAAGGCGGCCAAAGUAUAG